AUGUCCAAUUUAAGAGCAUCGGAAACGGACGAGGAAAGACGAAAUAGACGAGUUUCUAACAGCCAAAGAAUGUCAAUUUUAAGAGCAUCGGAAACGGAGGAGGAAAGACGCAAUAGACGUGCAUCUAACAGCCAAAGAAUGUCCACUUUAAGAACUUUGGAAACUAUUGAUCAUCGCCAAUUAAGGCAAUUAAAUAACGGGAUGAGGAUGUCAAACAGAAGAAAUAAAAUCUGGAGACAAAAAGAAAAUUCUGCAUUUGCAUAUGAUUCCAAUAUUUCUUAUAAUUGGGAUUCUCUAAUUGAAAUUGGUCGAAUGGUUAUUGAAUGCAGUUUCUGCAAGGCUCUUAAAUGGAAAGGCGAAUCCAGUAGCAUGUGCUGUAAUAAUGGUAAAAUUCAAAUUCCUUUGCUACAAACACCUCCAGAACCACUCCUCACGCUUCUCUCGACCGAUUCUCCUGAUGCAAUUAAUUUUCAAACUAACAUAAGAAGAUAUAAUUCAUGUUUUCAAAUGACUUCAUUCGGUUCAGGACGAGAAAUUAGAGAGCUAGGUUUUAUGCCAACAUUUAAAGUUCAAGGACAAGUGUACCAUAGAAUAGGUAGUUUACAGCCACAACCAAAUGAGGAGCCAAAAUUUCUUCAAGUUUAUUUCGUUGCUGAUAAAGAACAACAGGUUGAACAGCGCUGCAGGAAUGUGAAUGACAUAAAACCAGGAAUAGUGUCGCAACUACAAGAAAUUCUACAUCAGCAUAAUAGUUAUGUUCGAAGUUUUAAAUGUGCAAUGGAAAAAAUCACGCCAGAAAUGAAAAUUGUCAUUCAUGCAGAUAAAGUACCCUCCGGUGAACAUGAAAGAAAAUUUAAUGCUCCGACAAUAUCAGAAGUUGCAAUUAUCUUAGCUGGCGAUAAACAUGGCAGUCGUGAUAUUUCGUUAGAGCUGAGGAGUAAUGAAAUAAAAAAGAUAGCGGAAACUCAUCGCGCGUACGAUGCAUUACAAUAUCCAUUAAUAUUUUGGCAAGAUAUGUAUGCUAAAAUUGAAACCGAGCGACUACGAUUUAUACGUUUGAAUCAAAAGAAACUCCGUGUCGAAGAUUAUAUCCAUUUGAGAGAUGCUAUAACUAAUGAUGAUAAUAUAAAACAAAUUGGAAAACCAACAAUUUUACCAUCUACUUUCACAGGCAGUCCUCGAUACAUGCAUGAAAGAACUCAAGAUGCCAUGACAUACGAAAAAUUUUAUGCUCAUAAGAUUGAUGACCUAAUUACUGCUGAAUUGCCAAAUCCUGAAACGGAUCCAAUAUUAUACAACGUUGUUAAGACACAGAUGAUACAUGGGCCCUGUGGGAGCAUUAACCCUCUGUCACCAUGUAUGAAGGAUGGAAAAUGUACAAAAAGGUAUCCAAGAGAUUUUUUAAAAGAAACACAAACAGGUCACGACGGAUAUCCACUUUAUCGUAGAUGGAAACCUGAAGACGGAGGCCAACAUGACGAAAUUCAAACGUAUGAAAUAGGAAGAUAUCUCAGCAGCAAUGAAGCAGUUUGGAGGAUAUUGGGGUUUCCUAUUCACGAAAGGCAUCCCACUGUUGUUCAUUUAAAUGUGCAUCUUGACAAUGGUCAGAGAGUUUACUUUACAGAAGAAAAUGUUUUAGAACGAGUGCAAGCUCCACCAGAAACUACUUUAACUGCAUUUUUCUCUUUAUGUCAAAGUGAUGCAUUUGCUCGAUCUUUAUUGUAUCAUCAAAUGCCUAAAUAUUAUACAUGGAGUAAAAGCAACAAGAACUGGGUUCCUAGGAAAUCUGGACAAGCUGUGCCUGAUCACCCAGGAAUUAAAUCAAGUGAUGCUCUUGGUCGUGUCUACACCGUUCACCCAAGUAAUUCGGAAUGUUUCCAUCUAAGAUUAUUGCUUCAUGAGGUUACAGGCCCAACAUCUUUUUCUGAUUUAAAAACAUUUAACGGAAUUGUUUGUGAAACUUUCAAACAGGCUUGCGAACUGAGAGGGCUUCUGGAAGACGAUUCUCAUUGGAAAAGUACGUUAGAUGAAGCAGCUACAACGCAUUCAGGGCGAAUGUUGCGAGAUCUAUUUGCCGUUAUUCUUCACACUUGCUGCGUAUCUAAUCCUGUACAGUUAUGGAAUUUACAUAGAGAAAAUAUGUCAGAAGACAUUUUGCAUAAAACAAGAAUUACAGUUAAUAAUAUGGAUUUAGAUUACAAUGAUGAAAUAUUUAAUAGCGCUUUACUUGCUCUUGAAGAUAAAAUUAAAGCAUUGGGAGGUACAGAUUUAAAAGUCUUUGGACUUCCAGAGAUACACCGUGAUAUUAAUAACAGUUUAAAUUAUGAAAUAAUAAGAGAGAAAUGUUACAACAUUCAUCAACUAACAUCAUAUAUUGAAACAAAUGAACCUAAUCUGACUGACGAUCAAAGACUUGCUUUUGAAAAAAUUACAUCUGCAGUUUAUACAGAAACUGGUGGUAUAUACUUUUUGGAUGCUGCAGGUGGAACAGGUAAAACGUACCUAAUUAAUCUUUUAUUAGCAAAAAUUAGACAAAUGAAUCUAAUUGCUCUUGCAGUAGCUUCCUCUGGCAUUGCUGCAACUCUCUUGACGGGCGGAAGAACAGCUCAUUCAGUCUUCAAAUUACCAAUAAAUUUAUCGUUUGUUAAAAAUCCAGUUUGCAGCAUCUCAAAAAGUUCAGAUAGAGCAAAAUUGCUUAAGAAAUGUAAAUUAAUUGUAUGGGAUGAAUGUACAAUGGCACAUAAGUUGGCAUUGGAAGCUCUUAAUACAACUAUGCAAGAUAUUUUUCAAAAUAACAAGUGCAUGGGUGGCGUAACUCUGGUUUUAUCUGGUGAUUUUCGCCAAACUUUGCCUGUUAUUCCACGAGGCACAAAAGCAGAUGAAAUGAAUGCAUCGAUAAAAGCAUCUUAUAUUUGGAAAAAUGUUCAAAGAUUUGGAUUGAAAACGAACAUGAGAGUUCUUCUUACAGGUCACAUUUCCACCGAGCAAUUCGCUCAGAACCUACUUCAUCUCGGUAAUGGAACUAUGACAAUUGAUAGUGAAGGAUUGAUAACUUUGACAAAUAUUGGUAACAUAGUAGCAACAAUCGAAGAUUUUCAAGAUACAGUAUUUCCAAAUAUCGAAAGUAAUUUUCGUGAUAUUAGUUGGCUAUGUGAAAGAGCUAUUCUUUCUCCAACGAAUGAGGGAGUUAAGACGAUAAAUUACUAUCUGUUAAGGAAAUUAGCAGGUGAAAUUCAAAUAUUCAAAUCUUUUGACACGGUAAUUGAAACAAAUCAGGCAGUUAAUUAUCCAACAGAAUUUUUGAAUUCAUUGGAACCAUCUGGUAUACCAACACACAAAUUAGAGUUAAAGAUUGGCGCACCUAUAAUGCUUUUGAGAAAUCUAGACCCACCAACUCUUUGCAAUGGAACAAGACUAAUUGUGAAGAAAUUGAUGCCAAAUGUUAUUGAAGCAAUCAUAUCUACAGGCCAAUCAGCUGGGAAAGAUGUCUUUAUCCCACGGAUUCCUCAUAUACCAUCAGAUGUCCCAUUCCAGUUUAAAAGAAUUCCAUUUCCAGUUAAACUGAGUUUUGGUAUGAGCAUUAACAAAUCUCAAGGCCAAUCUUUAAAAGUUGUUGGCUUAGAUUUACGAAGGCCUUGCUUUUCACACGGGCAACUAUAUGUUGGUUGCUCGAGAGUCGGUGAUAAUAAAAAUCUGAAUAUCCUUGCACCACAAGGAAAAACUAAGAACAUUGUAUACAGAGAAAUAUUAGAAGAAUAA